AUGCAGCCCGCGGGCGCCCCGGGUUCGAAUCAUCAUCUCCCGGCACCCCACGCCCACGGCGCGCCAUUUGCCGCGGCGAUCCGGCCAUCGCUGCCAGAUACAGCCGACCCAAGGAUUGGCGCGGGGGGGUUGAUGGGCAGGGGGGCGUGGGCGGGCCCGCCGGUGGUCUCCCGGGACCUGCAGGGAGGGCUGCAGGGGGCGAUGGGGCCAGUGGUGGGUGGAGCGGCCAUCGGCGGGGUGGCCCAGGGACGACAGGGCCUGGUGCCACCAAUGCCUGGAAUGAUUGGGCUGCGUCCUCCUGCAAUGGAGUCCACAAGGCCCAACAACGAUGGAAGGGCAUUCCAACCCAGUGUUGCCUCGACAGCAUUAUCAGCUGCUGGGCACCCAAGAUCGCGCCGAAAGGUGUCCCGCCAGUUCUGGCAGGCUGGGGACCUCUUCGAUCUGGACGCUGGCAUACAGCCCACCUGCAUGCCUGGUCUGGACCAUGCCCGCCUGCACCCUCGUUUCCUGCACUCAAAUGCCACCAGCCACAAAUGGGCGCUUGGAGCACUUGCCGAGCUUCUGGACAACAGCAUGGAUGAGGUGGAUCAAGGUUGCAGCUAUGUGAGGGUUGACAAAGUGGACCACCCUACGGAGGGUGCUGGCAACCCGAUGAUCAUCAUCGAGGACAACGGCGGUGGCAUGGACCCAUCAAAGAUUCGAAAUUGCAUGUCUUUUGGCUUCUCGAUGAAACAAGGGAAGAAGAAGAUCGGCCAAUACGGCAACGGCUUCAAGACGUCCACAAUGCGCCUGGGCGCAGAUGCAUUGGUCAUCACCAGAUGCAAGUCGACAAGCACGUGCAGUGUGGGCUUGCUGUCCUACACCUUCCUGACGCAGACCAAUGCUCAGGAUGUUGUAGUGCCCAUCAUUGACUACGAUCUGGUGACCAGGAGACGGCGGAUGGAUGACAAAGCCGAUUGGGACACCAGAUUGUCACUGUUGUGCGAAUGGGGACCAUACAAGACUGAGGCCGAUAUUUGGAGAGCGAUCCUUUCACUGGCUGACCAGGGCACCCGUGUGUGCAUUUGGAACCUGUGGCAGACGUCGGAUGAUACCCCAGAGCUGGACUUCGUAUCCCAUCCCCAUGACAUGCGACUGCCCGGUUGGGAGGACGAAAUGAAAGAAGUCAUAACACGAAACGGUCAAGUGGACAAGGGCGCAGCCAGGUGCCAUGCAUACAGGCACUCCUUGAGGGCCUACGUGGGCAUCCUGUACCUCGAGUGGCCACAGAACUUUAAAUUCAUCAUACGUGGAGUUGAUGUGGAAAAGACGACCGUCAGAUGUGGCAUGAAGCACAUUAUGAAUUACGAGUAUCGACCGCGGCAGCAGACAAGUGAUGAAGGACAAUUGGUUGUGCCUGUGUACAUUGGCUUUGCCAAGGAGGCACCCGAUACGAGCGUGUCUGGGUUUUGCGUGUACCACCGCAACCGAUUGAUCAAACCCUUUUGGAAGGUGUACUCAAGUGCAUCCAGCAUGGGACGGGGCGUUAUUGGAUAUCUGCAAGUGGACUUCGUUGAACCUGCCCAUGACAAGCAG